UACAUUGCUGUAUGAAUAACAUCUGUAAAAGAUACGAGAUUUAAAUCCACGACGCUUGAAUGUGUUUGUCAGAUGGUAAAGAAUUGACGCUGGACAUACGUAUUAAAUGCUGGUGUUGAACUGGUUAUGUGAAUCGAAGUCAUAAUGAUUAAAGUGUGAGGUCCCAAUUCCUUUAAUAUGGAUUCAUCCUUCGUUUCAUUUAGCCCCAAAAGAAAACUAAAGAAACACGUGCAUAGCAAGAUUACCAAAUUGUCACUGAGACACACUAAUAGAGGCCAGGAUAAGAAAGCCAAUGCCUUACGUAACAAUAAAUCCCCUCAGAGAUGUGAUCGACUACAACAGAUGCCUCUUUUUACCAGGAUUAGUAAUUUGUCGACAGAUGAUAUUCACCGUAAACAUUUUGAUAAAACAUAUUUGGACGCAGAGGAUAACAUUUCUCUCAAAGAAACUAAAAUAGAAGUCGCCAAGACAAGCUUGCUGAAUGAGGAAGACCAUACUCUUCCCUUUGACCCAUCUAGGAGGGGUAGUGAGUCUCAGUUUACUUGCAGUGUCAAAGUAGAUAACAAGAUUAGAAUCGGCGAAGACGUAGAAAGCCCUAAGGUAAAGAUUGAAGUGAGGACGCCAGCCAGUGUUUCCAGAUGCAAUAGUACUAUAGUGAUAUCUGAGACUAGCUCUGACGAGUCCAAUUCAGUUGCAGCGGGAAAGCCUAAGAAAACUUAUACUCAGAAUGUAAACAUUGUUAUCAGUGAGUCUGAUAGUGAAUCUGAAAGUUCUUCCGAAAGUGCAAACUCUCUCAUGAAAAGUGUCUUAUCUCGUAAUGCAACCAGUACAGUAUUAUGUUCCAAUGAUUCAUCUGAUAAACAAUCUGAAAUUGAAAAAUGGUUGCAGAACGUUUCUACCAAAUGCAAGAAUAAUUUUCUUGGAUCCCGGGAAGAACAUGUGAUAUUCCCCAGGAAUGCAGUUAAUGAUCCACAAAAGAGCUGGAGGUCUCCAACACACAAUCAAUCUUCUAGUGAAAGUGAAGACAACUUUGAGGAAUUUAUAAAGAGUGUGAAGAAGAAAAAUAAACUCCUUCAGCAGAAACUGGAUACACCAGACAGUCUGAGAAAUUUCUUAACAGAUGGAAGUGCAGAGAACAGCCCAGCAUUUUAUUUGUCACUUACAAAUAAAUUGCAGACUGAGGAGAAGAAGAAAAUUGUUGCAGAAAGGACUAAGAAAAUCUAUGCAGAAUCUGAGGAAAUACAUCCUGUAGUACUUAAAUUUGCUGAAAGCGAAGCAGAAGCUUCAGAUAAGGAAACAAAGGGACCUGGUGCGGAACAGAAAGGAAAUGAAAGUACAAAGGUGGACUCUAGUCCAGAUGUGGAGACUGUAUCAUCAGACACAGCAUCAGAGGACACUGAAGAUGAUUCUGACAUUCCCUCAAUCAUACCAUCUACUAACGAUAGAACUGAGAGACCUUAUCAAAAACAGCCACAAAAAGUUUCUAGUUGCAGAAAGCCAAAAAAUAUUCAAGAGAAGAGAGGGACUGUUAAUCGGUCCCGUGUCUUCAGUUUUUUAGCAUCUCUUUCUCAUAAUGUCCCAGAGCAACAGUCACAUUCAGAUGCAAUUAUGUACAAGAGAGAGUUUAAAAAAAGGAAAGAAGAUUUGUGUUCAAAACUUUUUUGUUUCUAUAAUUCAGAGGUCUUCAAAAGACAGCUUCCGUCAGAUAUGUCCAUAACGUGGAACUCUCGGCUUAUGAAAACUGCUGGUCUGUGCUAUAACAAAUAUAGUGCUAAUAAGCGAACGUCGAGGAUUGAGUUAUCAGUAAAGGUUUGUGAUUCAGCAGACAGACUCCGUGAUACUCUAAUCCAUGAGCUGUGCCACUCUGCAUCGUGGAUUAUAGAUGGUGUCAAGAGCGGCCAUGGACGUCACUGGAAGAGAUGGGCUAACACAGCAAUGAAGUGUUUCCCAGAUAUUCCACCUAUACGACGCUGUCAUGAUUAUAAAAUAACAACCAAGUUUAUAUACAAGUGUGUGCAGUGUGGCUAUAGCAUUGGUCGACAUUCAAAAUCUUUGGACUUGGAAAGAAAAAGAUGUGGAUAUUGCCUUGGCAAGUUUGAAUUGUUUAUUAACAAGCCUAAGAGUACAAGGGAUACAAAGACACCUGCACAACUACAAACACCGAGGACUCCUUCAGCUUUUGCAGUUUUUGUGAAAGAGAAUUAUGGUUCUGUUAAAAAAGAAAGAUCUGAUUUGAAACAUGGUGAAGUAAUGAAGUUACUAGGGCAGAAAUUUGCAGCUGUAAAGGUUUCUACAUGUGUAAACAAUGUUUAAGAACUGGAUUCAUAUUGGCACGGAUGCUCAUAAGGGUAGAGGAGCCGAUUUACCUUCACACAGUGGGAAUAUUCAAAUGUCAUAGGUUUACCUUCCCCUGGGAGAAUUAAAUGCUAUUUUGAGUGUUAUCAAAGACAAAAUUACAAUGGUGAUGAAAAAUAUUGGGUGCAAUAUAAGUAAUAGAAUGGAUGGUUAUAUCUGUUAUCCAAAUAGCAAAUAUUUUAUGCAAUACAGAGGCAUGUAAACAAGUAAGCUUAUUACUUCUACAAACUUAGCUUACAAAUAAACUUUCAUCUUCCUCCAAUAUGCAACUUUCUCCCUUUCCCCUCUCACCUUUGCAAAAAAAAAAAAAAAAUGCACAUA